AUGCGGCCGCGCACCAUGUACGACAAGAUCUGGGACGAGCACGUCGUGGAGGCGGGCAGCGACGGCAACGCUCUCCUCUACGGCUACCCGGACCCGUUAUUACGUUGCAUCCUCUCGGGAAAUGCCGUGGGCCUCGCCGUAGCCGGCCGGCCCGUGCGGCGGCCCGACUGCACGCUCGUGACUGUCGACCACAACAUCCCCACCUCGUCGCGCUCAAAGUUCAAGGACGUGGCGUCCUUCAUCGAGGAGGAGCAGUCGCGGACGCAGGUGCUCGCGCUCGAGGCGAACGUUGAGGCGUUCAACCUGGCCUACUUUGGCAUGGGCGACAAGCGGCAGGGCGUGGUGCACAUCAUCGGGCCCGAGCAGGGCUUCACCGUCCCGGGCGCGACCACCGUCUGCGGAGACAGCCACACCGCCACGCACGGCGCGUUUGGAGCGCUCGCGUUUGGGAUCGGGACGUCAGAGGUGGAGCACGUGCUCGCGACGUCGACGCUGCAGCAGCAAAAGAUGAAGAACUUCCUGAUCCGCGUCGACGGCGCCCUCCCCGUCGGCGUCACCGCAAAGGACGUCAUCCUGCACGUCUGCGGCCUGAUCGGCACGGCCGGCGGCACGGGCUACACGAUCGAGUUUGCGGGCGAGGCGAUCCGAUCGCUGUCGAUGGAGGGGCGCAUGUCGAUCUGCAACAUGGCCAUCGAGGCGGGCGCGCGCGCCGGCCUCAUCGCGCCCGACGACGUCACGUUCGACUACUUGCGCGGCCGCCCGAUGGUGCCUGCUCCCGAGUCCGACGAGUGGGCGGCGGCGGUGGCGCACUGGCGCUCGCUCGCCUCGGACGCGGACGCGGCGUACGACCGGACUGUCGUCAUCGACGCCGCCUCCAUCGCACCCACCGUCACCUGGGGCACUUCUCCCGAGGACACGGCGCCCAUCAGCGGCAGGGUGCCCACCCUCGACCAGAUCGACGACCCGACGCUCCGCUCAAAGGCGGAGCGCGCGCUCUCGUACAUGGGACCGCUGCUCGAGCGGCAGCAGCGAUCUCGCUUGCUCGAGCGGCAGGGCGAGCCACUCGAGGCGAUCCCCGUUGACAAGGUCUUCAUCGGCUCCUGCACCAACGGACGCAUCGAGGAUUUGCGCGCCGUCGCCGCCGUCGCCAAGGGGCGCAAGGUCGCGCCGCACGUGCACGCGAUGGUCGUGCCUGGCUCGGGCGUGGUGCGGGAGCAGGCGGUCGAGGAGGGGCUCGACCUCACGCUGGUCGAGGCGGGCUUCGACUUUCGGCAGCCCGGCUGCUCGAUGUGCCUCGCGAUGAACUCGGACAAGCUCGGCAGCGGGGAGCGGUGCGCCUCGACCUCCAACCGCAACUUCGAGGGCCGGCAGGGCGCGGGCGGGCGCACGCACCUCAUGUCGCCAAUCAUGGCUGCGGCCGCGGCGAUCACCGGCCGGCUGGCGGACGUGCGCGCGCUGCAGCUGCCGGAGGGGGCGAUGCAGGUGCUGACUGUCGCGGGCGAGUCUUCCGCGACACAGCGCGAGAUGUGGUCUGCCGCCACUCAGUCCGCCGGCCCGAUCAUCCGCGAGGAGGGCGGCGGCGACGGCGGCGGUGGCGGCGGCGGCGGCAUGCCGCGCUUCACGGUCGUGCGCGGCGCCGCCGCGCCGCUGAACAUUCCGAACGUCGACACGGACCUGAUCAUCCCAAAGGAGUUCCUCAAGACUAUCAAGAGGACGGGGUUCGGUUUCCCCCCCUUUGCCGAAAUGCGGUACCACAACCCGGUCGAGGUUGCCACGAUGGGCCCGGAGAUCGCGCGGCCGAACGAGGACUUUGUCCUCAACCAGCCGCAGUACCAGGACGCGUGUAUCCUCGUGGCUGGGCCGAACUUCGGGUGCGGCUCGUCGCGCGAGCACGCGCCGUGGUCGAUCUCGGGGAUGGGGAUCCGCUGCCUCAUCGCCCCCUCCUUCGCCGACAUCUUUUACAACAACUGCUUCAAGAACGGGAUGCUGCCCAUCGUCCUGCCGCCGCCGCAGGUCGCCGACCUGAUGGCGGACGCCGAGGCCGGCCUCCCUCUGGAGGUGGACCUGCAGGCGCAGAAGGUGGUGCGCCACGACGGGUCCGCCAUCGACUUUGAGGUGGACCCGUUCCGCAAGGACUGCCUGCUCAACGGGCUCGACCACAUCGGCCUCACGCUCCAAAAGAUGGACACCAUCCGCGACUUCGAGGCCAAGCGCUCCGCCGCCGCGCCGUGGCUCGACGGCGCCACCACCCGCGUGCCGAAGAUCUGGCCCGUCGCCGGCAUGCCCCGCUACGAGCUCGCCACGCCGUCGCAAGACGACUGGGCCGAGGAGGGGAAGCGCCUGCGCUCCGCCGCGGCCGCCUGAGCGCGCUGCGCGCCGGCUCGACGGGGCCUCGCCGUUCACAUGCCUGGGCAAGCAAGCACUCAGCCCCGUACUAGUACUAUGCUGAGACCCUGACGAGUCCAGCGUUCUCUGUUGCGAUUAUUCUCAUGUCGUCUCUGGCGGCCCUCGAGGCCCAGGAUGCCACCAUGUAGUGCACACGCGCGCGAGAGUCUGAGGAGAGCUGUGAGAGUUAUCUGUGGUCUCUUAUUGUAUUAUGUAAUCUACAACUAUGUC